ACGGUUUUCUGGGAAAGUUUCAACAGGCCGCCAUUUUGCUCUGAGAAACAGAGGGAAAGCAGCAGAGGUUGUAGCUCGUAAAAGGCUCAACGCACCACCAGACACAAUGGCGAGUCCGGGAAAAGACAACUACAGGAUGAAGAGCUACAAGAACAAAGCGUUGAAUCCUCAGGAGAUGCGUCGGAGGAGAGAGGAGGAAGGAGUCCAGCUCCGCAAACAGAAGAGAGAGGAGCAGCUGUUCAAGAGGAGAAACGUUAGUGUUCCUUCAGGUGAAGAGUCGAUGCUGGAGUGUCCAAUCCAGGAUCCAGAUGUGAGCUCCACCGUACCCGUCACAGGUGAUGGAGUCAUUACUCCUGAUAUGAUUCAGAUGAUCUUCUCUGAGGACCCCGACCAGCAGCUGAUUGCUACACAGAAAUUUAGGAAACUGCUCUCCAAAGAGCCGAACCCUCCUAUCGACGAGGUCAUCUCCACAGCUGGGGUUGUGAAUCGUUUUGUGGAGUUCCUGAAGAGGAGCGAAAACUGCACCCUGCAGUUCGAGGCGGCCUGGGCUCUGACGAACAUCGCCUCCGGCACCUUUCUGCACACUAAAGUGGUGAUUGAAACAGGAGCUGUUCCCAUCUUCAUCGAGCUGCUGAACUCUGAGUAUGAGGACGUCCAGGAGCAGGCUGUGUGGGCUCUAGGGAACAUAGCCGGAGAUAACGCAGAGUGCAGAGACUACGUGCUGAACUGUUCCAUCCUGCCGUCCCUGCAGCAGCUGCUCGCUAAAUCCAACCGGCUCACAACCACCCGUAACGCAGUGUGGGCUCUGUCCAACCUGUGCCGGGGGAAGAAUCCACCGCCUGACUUUGCAAAGGUUUCCCCGUGUCUCAGCGUGCUGUCCAGACUGUUGUUCAGCAGCGAUCCUGACGUGCUGGCUGAUGCAUGCUGGGCUCUGUCCUACCUGUCAGACGGACCCAACGAGAAGAUCCAGACUGUGAUCGACUCGGGGGUCUGCCGCAGACUGGUGGAGCUGCUCAUGCACAGUGACUAUAAGGUGGUCUCUCCGGCUUUACGAGCGGUGGGAAACAUCGUGACAGGGGACGACAUCCAGACUCAGGUAAUCUUGAACUGUUCAGCUCUUCCGUGUUUACUGCACCUCCUCAGCAGUCCAAAGGAGUCCAUCAAGAAGGAGGCGUGCUGGACCGUGUCCAACAUCACAGCAGGAAACAGAGCUCAGAUCCAGAACGUCAUCGAUGCGAACAUCUUCCCCGUCUUGAUUGAGAUCCUUCAGAAGGCCGAGUUCCGCACGAGAAAGGAGGCAGCGUGGGCGAUCACUAACGCCACCUCUGGGGGAACACCUGCACAGAUCAGGUAUCUGGUGUCUCUGAACGCCAUCAAACCCAUGUGCGACCUGCUGACGGUGAUGGACUCAAAGAUCGUUCAGGUGUCUCUGAACGGGCUGGAGAACAUCCUCCGGCUGGGCGAACAGGAGGCCAAACAGAACGGCUCGGGCAUCAACCCGUACUGCGCUCUCAUCGAGGAGGCUUACGGUCUGGAUAAGAUCGAGUUCCUGCAGAGUCACGAGAACCAGGAGAUCUACCAGAAGGCCUUUGACCUGAUCGAGCAUUACUUUGGAGUGGACGAGGAGGACGCCAGCCUGGCCCCGCAGGUGGACCAGAACCAGGGUCAGUUUGUCUUCCAGCAGCAGGAAGGACCCAUGGAGGGCUUCCAGCUUUAACCUGGCCUCCCCCUCCCUACAGCCUUCGCAUUCUUCUUCUUGGUUUGUAUUCCUCGGCCAACGGGCCUUGCGGACUCUGCUGGGACCCGGAUUUGUCUCUGAUGAUUCAGUCCCCCCCCAACCCCCAGUCCUUCACUUCUGCAUCAGCUCCUCCUCUGCAGACAGAUGGAGGAGGUGAUUAGUGAGAGCAGUGAUGCCGUCUGAGAGUUUCACUCCGCUCAUGAUGACCUACAAGAGAGUCCCGUUUCCCAACAGCAGCAGCAAGAGGAGGAUGUUUCUCACCUCCUGUCGAGUCGAUUCCAACAGUCUGGACUUUUAAAUCAGCAUCCAUAUCCCGUCUUCAAUGUGAAACUACCUCUGCAAACUUCAGACAGAAAAAGGCCCUACAUGAACCCACUGAUGUUUCCUUUCUUGUGGCUGAUGGCAGACUUCAGUAAAUCCAGGAUGGGGGGGGAUUUAGUGACCCGUAGUGGAUGUAAAUACAGUCCUGCUGUACGUCCAGCUGCUCUGUCUCCUCUCCUCUCCUGUCCGUUUUUUAAAGGACUCUACGAGCACCUGGACUCUCUAAAUCUUUAAUUUAUUAGUCCUCUGCGCUGCGUGGAGCGUUUCUUGCCCUCAGCUCUGACUGAAGGCUCCCUGGAUGAUGCAUCACUCUUGUUUUUUGCUGCUUUUUUUCUUCAGUUCAGAGAGCGGGAUCAGGACAGGCGCUCUCUGUGUGACAUGGUGAAGUUCGUUGCUGGUGAAAUUAGAUUUUUCUUUUUCCCGGUUUCUACUCCGAACUAGCGACUUUAACACAUCUUUAACUUAUUUUUCUUGCUGCAGUCGUCUCCAUGCUGUGCUGGGAUCAGCCGCGGAGGGUUUGUAUAUUAUAUAUACAUGUAAGAAAGUGUAGAGAGAGUAUUUAAAGAGGCUGUGUGAAGCUGUGAUAUGCAAUUAUGUUUCAGGACUGAUAUGCCGCGUGAGUAUUCCAGUUUCUGAUUUUUCUGGAGGACUUUCUCCUCCUCAGCUUCUCGAUUUGAUGUUUUCAUGUUAAUGUCGUCGAAGUCUUCAGAUGAUCUUUAAACCACGAUUACAGCCGAACAUGAAAUCACAAGAAAAAAUAAAUAAUAUUUGUAAUGCAGAAAUGACAUCAAGCACAUUAAUGCUGUAUAGUUUUCUAAUAUUCCUGGUUUGUAUGAUUGUAUAUUUUUUUUUUUAGGUUUUUUGGUAGUGUCUCUGAUUUCUCCUGUAUGGAGUUUGUUUUGCGGUGUUUUAGUGGCUCUCAGUAGAAAUGUUGGAACAUGAAGUGUGCAGCGUGAGUCACUGUGUGCAGACACUCUCUGAGUCCUGACAAAACACACUCUUACUGUGUAAAAACAACUAAUAAACUGAUCUGUUGGAUACAAACCAAACACA